CUGCUGGCCAGAACUAACUUUGGCGGCAUCAACAUGGACAUCACUCAGCUCGUCGAUCUUCUUUCUACCUAGGUAUCCUCCUCCAUCCUUCGCCCAUCUCUCUUCCUCCUAGAUGAUGCGCCAUGUUCGCGGAGCUGGUUUGCGGGCUGCUGCUCGCAUCCCGGACCGCCGUGGCAGCUGCCGUUGAGGCUGAAGAAGCAUCCAUAUCCAUGUCGCCGUCACAGUCACCUUCAUCGAACCAUCGCCGUGGUCGGCGUUUGCAGGGUCGCUUCCUGCAUAUCACGGACAUCCAUCCGGACCCCUUCUACAAAGUAUACUCGAGCACCGAAUCAGAUGCAGCCUGCCACCGCCGACGCGGCCCUGCCGGAGUCUACGGCGCCGAGACCUCUGCUUGCGACACGCCGUACAGCUUGAUCAAUGAGACGUUUGCCUGGAUCGAGCAACACCUCAAGGACACAAUCGAUUUCGUCGUGUGGACUGGUGACUCCGCGCGCCACGACAACGACGAAAAGAUACCUCGGACGCAUGCGCAAAUCAUCGAGCAGAAUGAGUUUGUCGUCGCCAAGUUCAGGGACGUGUUUGGCUCGAGUCGGGAAGCGGGCAUUCCCGUCGUGCCGACUUUUGGCAACAACGACGUCAUGCCGCACAAUAUCUUUGUAAAGGGGCCCAACAAAUGGACCUCAAAGUACCUGGACAUAUGGAGGGACUACAUCCCGGAAGAACAGCGACACUCCUUUCAGGAGGGGGGUUGGUUCUAUGUUGAGGUCAUCCCCAAUAAGCUGGCCGUCUUCAGCCUCAACACCCUAUACCUAUUCGACUCGAAUUCGGCCGUCAACGGAUGCGCCAAUAAACACGAGCCGGGUUACGAACACAUGGAAUGGCUGCGCAUUCAGCUGCGCAACAUGCGCGAACGCGGCAUGAAGGCCAUACUCACGGGCCAUGUCCCUCCUGCACGGACUCGCAGCAAACGCAGCUGGGACGAGACGUGCUGGCAGAAGUACACUUUGUGGCAGCGCCAGUACAGAGAUGUGAUCAUUGCUUCACUGUUUGGGCAUAUGAAUAUCGACCACUUCAUGCUGCACGACUCGAACCAACUCAAGCGGGGCACCAAAAAGGGUGAAAUGGCAGCUCUCGAGCAAACAGGACGAGUGAGCAUGCUAGAGGAUGGGGAGGUCACGGUUGCAUCAGCGGCGGAGUACCUUAGUGAUCUUGGUGACAUGUGGGCGAAGCUUCCUUCACCCCCAAAGGGAAUAUCAACGUCCACGUCGACAGCAGGCGAUCUUGGAAGCCAGUCCAAGAAGAAUGGCCAAAGCAAAAAGAGGUUCCGUCGCCGGGUCGGUGGACGAUAUCGCCAAAAGUUCAGCGUCUCCCACGUGGCACCCAGCAUCGUCCCAAACUACUUCCCCACCAUUCGCGUCUAUUCGUAUAACAUCAGCGGGCUGGAAGACUCCACCGGUCGUCUGCAAUAUACGUACGUGAAGGCGCCAUUGCUCGACUCGCAAACGACAAUGGACGUCAAUGGAGGCCUUCCAGAAGUCGCUGACUUGGAAGAAGAUGAAGAAGCGGUGAAUGAACUAGCCAAGAGGAAGAAGGGAGAAGAUCACAAGAAGGCAGGCAAGCGGCGGAAAUACAAGUUUAAGGUGCCCGAGCCUCCGUCCAAAUCGGCACCUCCUGGGCCAGCCUACUCGCCGCAACCGCUCACGCUCCUGGGCUAUGUCCAGUACUUUGCCAAUCUGACGGAUAUCAAUAACGAUUUUGUCUCGGACUCGGUCCCUCAUGGCGAUGGCCUGCCCGAGGCGUCCAAGUGGAAGGAAGGGAAACAUGGCCGCCAUCAAGGGAAACAGCCACGUCCAAAGCCCCAUCCGAAGCCUUUUUCCUUUCAGGUGGAGUACAAUACGACGGAUGACAAGGUGUACCGACUGAAGGAUCUCACGGUUCGAAGCUACUAUAGUCUUGCUCGUCGUAUCGGAACGAACAAGGUGGGGAAGACUGACGAAGCGGAUGAGGAAGAGGAAUCUGGAGAGGAAGACGUGGACGAAGAGGACGAUGACGACUUGGAUGGCAUGGACAACGGGGACGUGUACGACGACGAGGAAGACGACGAGGAAGAAGACGAAGGCGAAGGCGACGACGAAACACAUGUUGUGGUCGAAGCGAAUGCAAAGCGGAAGCAACCGAAAGGCAAGAGGACCGGUCUUUGGAACGCGUUUGUUCAACGUGCAUUUGUGGGCACAAUGGACGCUGGCGACUUGAGCAAGGUGGACGUGCCUGGCGCAUGGGAGAAGGUCGAGUAGGAGAGUAGGAUACAGCAGGCGAAGUCAUAGAAACCCCCAUGGAUAUUCCAAAAGGUUGUCGAUGAUACCCAGUUUGCCCUCAUUCAAGAUGCAUUGUUGCGUAGGGUGUCUAGUUUCCAGGAGAGACAAGGCACGAGGUAGCAAAAGCCGGACUAGGCCUUUGUGCAUGAGGAAAAUGAUAAUACCAAAUGUACCAUGUAAUAAAUAGUAAAGAUUACUC